AUGGCAGCGACACCAAGUCACCUCAUCUCAACCUCCAUCUCCAUCUCCAUCAUCCUCCUCAUCUUCUCAUCGCUGAUGGAGUUUUUGGUUCUGGCCUCUGCCAAUCCCACCAGCCCUGCGCUUCUUCUCCAUUCACUCCCCGCCAUGGUCUUACCUCUCUACCUCUCCACCCCUAAUUCUUCGUCUAGGACUUCUUCCAAUCCUCGUCGACUCCUCCAGAGGUCCGAGUCCCUCAACCGCCCCAACGCCCGCAUGAGACUCUACGACGAUCUCCUCCGCAAUGGGUACUAUACGACGCGGCUUUGGAUCGGAACGCCUCCUCAGAGAUUUGCGCUUAUUGUGGAUACUGGGAGCACUGUCACCUAUGUGCCUUGCGCUUCUUGCGAAAUGUGUGGCAGACACCAGGACCCCAAGUUCGAUCCGGAAGAAUCGAGCACCUACAAAGCUGUCAAGUGCAACAUAGAUUGCACUUGUGACAGUGACAAGGUGAAUUGUAUUUAUGAGAGACAGUAUGCCGAAAUGAGUACCAGCAGUGGUGUGCUUGGUGAGGAUCUUGUAUCAUUCGGCAAUCAAAGUGAACUUGCACCUCAACGUGCAGUUUUCGGUUGUGAAAAUCUUGAAACUGGAGACCUCUACAGCCAGCAUGCGGAUGGCAUAAUGGGAUUGGGCCGUGGCGAUCUAAGUGUGGUGGAUCAACUUGUUGAUAAAGGUGUAAUAAGUGAUUCUUUCUCGUUAUGUUAUGGUGGAAUGGACAUUGGUGGAGGUUCAAUGGUUCUUGGUGGUUUCACUACCCCAUCAGACAUGGUCUUCACCCAUUCGAACCCUGUACGAAGUCCAUAUUACAAUCUUGAUUUGAAGGAGAUACAUAUUGCGGGAAAGCGAUUGUCUUUGAAUCCAAGUGUCUUUGAUGGAAAACAUGGAACAGUCCUGGACAGUGGCACAACAUAUGCUUACCUACCAGAAGCAGCAUUUCUAGCAUUUAAGGAUUACAUCAUGAAGGAGCUUAGUUCCCUCAAGCAGAUCCGUGGCCCUGAUCCAAACUAUAAUGAUAUUUGCUUCUCAACUGAUGAAAGUGAGGUCUCCCACCCGUCAGACACCUUUCCAACAGUUGACAUGGUAUUUGGCAGUGGGAAAAAGUUGACAUUAUCUCCUGAAAAUUACUUGUUCCGGCAUUCAAAGGUCCGUGGUGCUUACUGCCUUGGGGUUUUCCAAAAUGGAAAGGAUCCAACUACUCUUUUAGGAGGAAUUGUUGUCCGCAAUACUCUUGUAACAUACGACCGUGAGAAUUCCAAAAUUGGUUUCUGGAAAACUAAUUGUUCGGAGUUGUGGGAAAGACUUCACGAAUCUGUUUCGCCGCCAGCAAUGCCUCCUGCUUCUGGUAACAAGAAUUCAACUCCAGGAGUGAUGCCUACAUUAGCUCCAACUGGAGCGCCACCUUAUGUACUUCCAGGGGAACUCCAAAUUGGAAAAAUAACAUUUGAUAUGUCAUUGAACAUAAGCUACUCUGAUCUGAAGCCCCACAUUACAGAACUAGCUGAAUUCAUAGCUCAGGAAUUAGAAGUUAAUACAUCACAGGUACAUAUGUUGAAAUUUGCUGCUAAUAGAAAUGAUUCCCUCAUUAGUUGGGCCGUAUUUCCAGCAGACUCUACUGACAGCAUUUCCAAUACAACUGCAGCGGUUAUAGUUGCCAGGCUCGCUGAACAUCGCUUGCAGUUUCCUGUUAUGUUUGGAAGUUAUGAGUUGCUUGGAUGGAGAGUUGAGCCUAAGGAAGAACGGUCAUGGUGGCAGCGCAGUUAUGUGGUGGUUUUAUCCAUUUUAGGAAUUCUAGUGAUUGCAUUAUCAGUUGUUGGAUUGUGGUUUCUUUUGAGACACCGACAACGGACAGUCAAUCCAUACAAGCCUGUCAAUGCUGCUGUUCCAGAGCAAGAACUCCAGCCUCUCUGA